CCGAUGAGUUAAAAUUCGUCUCGGUGACUUUUCUUGUCUCCGCGUGAACUUCUACGUCACUAUGCAAAUUCACGCAUGCCUACUCCCGCCUCUUUUUUUAGAAUGGCGGCACGCAGCCAAAGAUCAUUAACAUGGAGAUGAUCAUAUUUCCCAGCGUGACUGUAGUCACAGCUGACCUUUUCCCAGCGGAUAAAAACACACACGGCAGAGUUGUGCCUUCUUGCUUUUGUCGCUCCCGGAGCAGGUGGUGGACGCCAUGGCGGACGGAGGCCUUCUGGAACCGGUACCGCCUAGGCUCCGGGCCAUGCUUUACUUGCUCAGCCCCAACGAGUCGUCCUUUCAGCGGCUGGAAGACGUCCCCGCGUAUAUCCAUCAGGCCAACCCUUGGUUCCUAGGCCUGGUGGUUCUGGAGAUGUUGCUGACUUCGCUGAUGUCAGAAGCCAAACUUUACAACAUUGCAGACACCGUUGUCUCUGUGUCGCUAGGUGUGAUGUCACGACUCCCGCUGUUGCUGAUGCGAGGUCUGGAGCUGUCAGCCUAUGUGUACGUGUGGGAACACUUCCGCCUGCUGGAGCUACCAUGGGACUCAGCCUGGACCUGGUGGUUCUCCUUCCUGGCUGUCGACUUUUGCUACUACUGGUUCCAUCGCUUCGCCCAUGAAGUAGCCAUCUUGUGGGCGUCCCACCAGGUGCAUCACAGUUCCGAGUACUAUAACUUCAGUACGGCCCUGCGACAAUCGCUCACACAGCAGCUGACGUCGUGGAUCUUUUAUGUGCCCAUGGCCUUGGCUGUGCCUCCGUCUGCCUUUGCCGUCCACAUCCAACUCAAUUUACUCUUCCAGUUCUGGUUGCACACAGAGAUAAUCCGAGACCUGGGACCUCUCGAGUGGAUCUUCAACACUCCCAAGCAUCACAGAGUUCACCAUGGAAGGAACCUCUACUGCAUUGACAAAAACUAUGGUGGAAUUUUGAUCAUAUGGGAUCGAUUGUUUGGUACAUUCUCCCCAGAGAAGGACAAGGUGGUGUAUGGUUUGGUCUACCCCAGCAACUCUUUUGAAAUAAUGACAAGUCAGUUCCACUAUUAUUUGUCCUUGUGGAGAAGGUCAACCACCUACGCGAGCCUUGCCGACAAAGUGUCCACUUUUGUCAAGGGUCCCAGCUGGACGCCAGGAUACCCUCGACUGGGCAACUACGAUCACGUUCCCAAGGUGACCGGAGAAGAGAAGCCUCACGAUCCCAGCUGCUCUCUGCCAUUACAAGCUUACGUGGUGACACAUUUCCUGCUGGUGCUGCACACGUACCACGAGCUUUUCGAGAACCAGGCGAUGCUGAGCCAGUUGUCCGUGCUGGGGAUGAGCGGCUACGUUCUGCUCACGCUUACCUCGCUGGGCUUCAUCAUUGACUGCAGGCCGUCGGCAUCCAUUUUAGAGAUGCUACGUUGCGUUGCUAUGGAGAUGUUGCUGCAGUACAGUCACCUGAGCCCUCCCAACUCCGCUCUGACUGUGCCCACACAGGCGUUGGUGUCCCUCAGCGUGCUGUACUGGGCAGUGCAGGGUUUCUCGCAGCUGUUCGUCAAGAGCAAGUUAGAUUAAAAGGCCAGACUGGAGACUACUGUGACGCCCCCUACUGACUUACAUUAUGACACUGAAUUUACAAAAAGAAAAACUACUCACAAAAAGAAAAAUAUUAUUUAUGAUUGUUCUGGUUUUCCCCCAAUGAUGGAAAAUUGAAGGUUGAGAAUGCUGCAUUGUGCAAAUUGUAGUAUUAUAAGCGGAAUAAUUUGUAAAUGUAAUUUUGUCUAGCAAUCGAUGAUUUCUUCAAAUAAUA